GCAAGGCAGGAGGGAGAAGCAAGGGAGUCACAUCGCAACAGUGCCACUGUGCCAAGAAAGAGGGAGUGUGAGAAGACAGGAAGGGGACGACAAGGACUUGAUCAUUUUCUCUGCCAUUAUGAAAAUAAUUACCCAGAUCUUGUGCUUUUUCCUUUUAAUAACCUUGUACAAAUGUGCAGUGAUCACUGGGGCCUGUGAAAGGGAUCUCCAGUGUGGAGGUGGGACAUGUUGCGCCAUCAGCUUGUGGCUACGUGGGCUCCGAAUGUGUACUCCGCUGGGGCAAGAAGGAGAUGAAUGCCACCCUAUUAGCCAUAAGGUCCCCUUCUUUGGAAAGCGACAGCAUCACACCUGUCCAUGUUUGCCAAAUUAUGUGUGCUCCAGAUUCAUCGAUGGCCGAUAUAGAUGCUCAUUAGACUUCAAGAGCAUGGACUUUUAAUGAAAAUGAAAGUGUUUCAUGGUGGUCCUUAUUGAAAAAUCCCUGCCAUAUACAUUAAUUACUUAUCUUCAGUGUCCUAAAAGGACAAUUCAGUAUCCAUUUACAUAAGCAUUGUCCAUUGACUUAAAUGUGGUUCAAUGGCCACAGCCAGAAUAUACCGGAACAAACAAAUUCGGGCAAGAGGUCAGAGCUGAAGCUGCUUAGCUGAUGGCAAUUCACCACAGAAAGUUACACCAUUGAAGUUAACAUUGGUCUAACACUGUCUUCCUAAGUGCACCAUCCACCGCAAUUUCCUAACAUAUGCAAAAUAAUUUAUACAUUAGAAUAUAUAAAACAUACUUGCCAGUAUCCUGCUCAACGUUUAUAUGUGCAAAAGUUUAACUGUGGAAGCUGCCACAGCCAUCUGAUGAGGUGCUUCUCAGAUCGUCAUGGUAGUUAGAACUCCAUGCAUAGCUAUAUAUUGCAAGGGAUACUGGGCAGUGUGUUUUCCCAUGGUAUAUUUAUGCAGAUCACGUAACCUAAUAUAGAAACUAGAAGUGGAAAGUACGGUGCCUGGUCAUCCCCAAUGCACAAAACUGUCCUGUGUGAGCUGUUUCUUCCUACCUGGAAGAAAUUAUGAAGCAUCUUUUCAUAUGUGAAAUUUUGAUCAGAAAAGCCCAACCACAGCAUGAAAUGUAUGGCACUAGCCAGAGCAAGGUGUUUCCUAGCUGUGGCUCAAAUGCUUGCUGCUGAGGCAUAUUAAACAUUCUUGCCUGCAUGCGAGGAUGCAGUGCCAUUACUGUAGAAGGUCACAAGGUGGCAGUGAAAGUGCAGAAGCAACUGCUUUGGCAUUGUACAGAUAGCGAGUGACUAAGCCAAGGAGCAGUGUGGAGAGAUAGGUGAGCAGGCAUAGGGUGACGUUGGUAGCCUGUGCUGGGGACACUUCGGCCCAUGUUGUUGCCAAGUGCCACUCUGGUGCAGAACAGGAUAAGUGGACUAGGCUUGUUUUUUCUUGCUUCCGUGAUUGCUGUUACACGAUUGUGUCACAUAAUAAGAUUCUGGUCUAAAUGUUUGUUUUGCAUCUUAAAACAAAAGAGUAGGUGCUUUAAUUUUUUUUUUAAAUGCUUGAAGUUUUGUUAACAUUUCUCUGGGGAGAAGCAGAACUGGAGAGAAGUAGAACUGGUUUUGCGGCUGACCCAAAAGCCAACUCAUCAUUUUAUUUGGCCAGCCCCUGAUGGAAAGAAGAACAGCUCCUCUUGAUACGGUUUCAGAUGGAAGCUUUGAUAAAGUGUGGAUCCACAGCAGGCUAACAACUUCAGAUACACAUAUCUAUAAUACAGCAUCAAGAACAUUGCUUUGAGUGUGGGUAGAAGCCAGAUAUUAUUGGGGCUUAAAUAUAUACUAUACCAUAAUAUGGAAUGUUCCUUUGUAUUGUGCAGCUAUGGGUCUUCUACUGUUAUGUGUGUGUCAAAAUGUAAUAUGGAUUAUUUUUCUGUACUUUAGCAUAAAAUCACGUAUGUAUGGAACUUCCACCUUUUUAUGUAAUUGUUAUUGAAAUGUUUUUGGCUAGAGGCAUGACUGAAAGAUGGAAAACGUCUCUGGGCAUGUACACUCAUGCUAAACCUACCACUGAUUAAUGAGUUGUGCCAUUUCUCUAUAGCUUUAAAAUCCUACUUUACCAGAGGUUCAUUUCUACCAUCUCUACCGCCAGAACAUUUUCCUUACAAAAAUAGAUAUUACUGUACAGUAUUAGAAAACUGAAAAGGCACUUUGUGCCCUCUAGAGGCCAACUUUUUUUUUAAAGUAGAGCUCCUCUGAAAGAAAAAAAGAUGCCUGUUUGUUCUAAUGUGAGCUUUCUUCAGUUCCUUACAUUGCAAAUUA